AUGAUUGCAAAUCAAUCUUCUAACGAUGCUCUUGGAGAUUGGAGGAUUGUUGACGAGACUUUGGGUAUGGUACUUCCUGACAAAGAACCAGACAUGAAUCAACCGCCUCUCCCAAGCCCACCACCUCCUUCUCCGCCGCCUCUCCCGAUGAGCGAGCUAGUGGCUUCAAUUGAAGCCAAAGCCGAACGACCAGUCCAAGUCCAGCGAACAGCUGUGGCUGCUCGAGAGCAUCUGCAGGGACCCUUGUACGCCCAUCUACUUAAUGUGCAAGUUGAUCUGUCACUCGGGGGCCAGUAUAUUUGCCGCGUUAUUGGCAUGAAGUGUCACGGAGAGGACCAGCACCAUGCCCAUAAUCUCAGAGUGCAUUUGGGAAACGUUGAGCACCGGAACUACAAUGCAGCACUUGCUGCUGCGCAGGCCGAGCCUACCUUGUCUCCAUCUGUUCUUGAAACACCAACCCCGAUCACCUACCUCUGA